GCAAGCAAAGAGUAAUCAUCUCACACCAAACAACUACAGUGUUUUAUUUAAACUAUAUAAACGUCCUUCUUUCACUUUCUUCUUUGAUAAUGUUCUUACCGACUACUUGCCCUCUUCAUAAGAUAUUUAAAUAUAUCACUAAACCCUCUUCUCCGCCGUAUAUAAUAUGAGCUUUUUUUGUUAAUUUCCGACCAAAAAUUCCAUCUAUAUUGCACCAUGUGGGUUGUAAAUAUAAUUUUGCUUCUAUUCUUGGGUCCUUGCCUUUUAUUUCUUGUUAGAUUUAUCUUGUACAGAACAGCUUUGAUUCUUGUUUUACGAAAAUGGGCAAAUUGGGUCGACGACAGAAUCCAUGUUCAUCAAUACCUUAAAGUUGCAGAACUCAACGAAAAUGGCCAAGACAAUCAGUUCUACAAAAGAGUCUUCCUUUACAUUAAUUCUUUGCCAUCACUUGAAGAUUCAAAUUUCACCAAUCUAUUCUCUGGUAAGAAAUCUAAUGAUAUCAUCUUAUCUCUAGAUGAUAAUCAGGUCAUUCAAGACGAAUUUCUCGGAGCAAGAGUCUCAUGGGUAAAUAAAGUUGAAAAAUUUAACCAUGGUGGAGUUUGUAAUAAGAGUUUCUUGUUAAGGAUCAAGAAGAAAGAUAAACGCAGAAUUCUCAGGCCAUAUCUUCAGCAUAUUCAUACUGUAUCUGAUGAUAUCGAACAACGAAGAAGAGAAUUGAAAUUGUUUAUAAAUAAUGGGCCUUUGGAAAAUCCAAUAAAUGGACGGUGGAGAUCUGUUCCGUUUACACAUCCUGCCACUUUGGAUACGAUAGCCAUGGACGUGGAUCUCAAGAACAAGGUAAAAUCCGAUCUUGAAAAUUUUAUUAAAUCGCAAAACUAUUAUCACAAAUUGGGUCGUGCUUGGAAGCGUAAUUAUCUCCUUUAUGGUCCUUCUGGUACUGGAAAAUCAAGCUUUAUUGGAGCCAUGGCAAACUUCUUGAAUUACGAUGUUUACGACAUUGAUUUGUCAAGAGUUUCUGAUGAUUCAGAUCUUAAACUCCUUUUGUUACAAACAACUAGCAGAUCCUUAAUUGUUAUCGAAGAUGUCGAUCGUUUGAUCAACGAGAAAUCAAGAACGACAACAACAACGACUUUAUCAGGGUUGCUUAAUUUCAUGGAUGGUAUUGUAAAUUCGUGUUGUGGCGAUGAAAAGAUUAUGGUUUUUACUAUGAAUAGUAAAGACCAUAUUGAUCCAGCUAUGUUAAGACCAGGGAGAAUAGAUGUACACAUACACUUUCCUUCGUGUGAUUUUAAUUCAUUCAAGUGUUUAGCAAAUAAUUAUCUGGGCGUGAAAGAACACAAACUGUUUCCACAAGUGGAAGAGAUUUUCCAUAACGGUGCAACCAUGAGCCACGCGGCAAUCGGAGAGUUGAUGAUGGUCAACAGGAGCUCACCAAGCAGGGCUUUGAAGUCCGUUAUCACGGCGUUACAAUCCAACGGAACGGAAGGAAAGAUAACCGGAAGGGGUAAACGGUUAAGUGACAGUUCAUCAUCAUCGCCGUUACCGUUACCGUUACCGCAAACGGAGGAGACAGGUGGCGGAAAUUGGAAGGAUUCUGUUCCUGUAGCUAAGGAGUUUCGGAAGUUGUUGUUUAGGUUGAAAAGUUGUAAGAGUCCUAGUUCGAUAGAUCAUGAUUCCGAGAUGAUCGAACGGUGACAAAUGUUUGUGUUUUUUUUUUCAUUUUUCUUAUUCUUUUUACCUUAUUUUUCGAAUUAUAAGUAAAGUCUUUGUCUGGUAGGUGUCCUCUCUCUCUUUUUUUUUUUUUUUUUUAAAGAGUUUGUCUUAAGAUAAAUAUGUGGUUCAGCUAUCGCAUUAGCUUUCAAAUUGUAAAUGAUGAUUAUGAUAUUCUGCUGUUUAGAUGAAAGUUUUAGAUAAAUACAAAAAGGUUAAAGCUUGUGCCAAA